ACUUCCCCGCCGAAGACAACUGGGUUUGUGGCUGUCGAUCUUCUAUGGGGCGCGUGUGAGGAUGGCGCCAGACGUACUGUGCGCCUCCUCCAAUUCCUCGACAUCAGCUUUUGUAGAACAGGUCCAGCACAAGGAAGCCAACUGACUGACGAACGACAAAACAGAAAUGGAAAAGUAUCACUCCGUCCAUCAGAAAGACAUUUCCAGCUUCGAUCUACCGUCAACGCAUCGACUGCCCACAGUGUCCGCUGCGGAGGCACUGGAGGAUUUUGACGACGAUGUCGCCAGACACAUCUCUACGGGCAUCGACCGCUUAGACGAGGCGCUCGCCUUCCCUGGCCCCCGUCAGGAGUCUGGAACAGCUCGUAAAGGUCUUCAGAGAGGGCAAGUCUCGGAGAUAUGGGGACCGCCUGGCUCGGGCAAAACGGCUUUGGGCAUCCAGCUUGUCGCCAAUGCAUCACAUGAGGGGCGCGGUGCCGUCUGGGUAGACUGCUCUUACUCUGUUUGCGGCCGGCGGCUCAAUGCUGUGGUUGAGGCAGUAAGAUUAGCUCGGCCCUAUGCGGACGAGGAACCGACCAAGGCACUCGGCGAUGACUUCGCCCACUACAGUUGCCCAAGCCUGCCUCACCUUGUCGCCCUGCUAUGCCGUCCCACCGCGGCAACGGUGCCGGCGAAUACGGCUCUGGUCGUCAUAGACUCGUUGUCGGCCCUAGUAAACCACGCUUUCCCCAAGGUGCCCGAUGGUCGGAAAGGACCGCCGCAAGGCAAAGGUCCAGGGUUUUCAGCGAAACGGCUACAGGCUCUACAAUACAUUGCCAACGCAUUACAGAAGCUAGCGGCAACGCGAGACUGCGCAGUGGUGGUCUUGUCGCAAUGCGCAACAAAGAUGCAACUGGAGCGGAGCCCGAUUUUGAUCCCAUCCAUCAAUGCUGGAAUCUGGGAGCAAGGGAUGUCCACACGGGUGGUGCUGUUCAGAGACUGGGUCUGGAAGGAUGGACACCCAUCAACGGUAUGCCUCGCCGGGGUGCAGAAGCUAGACGGCAAGGCUGGGCCGGACAUGGUGCAGAAUGCAGCAGCAUUCAGAGUUGAAGCGACGGGCGUGAUUGGCGUGCGUUACGACACUAGCCAGCCAUCGGUGCUGCUGUCGAAGACCCCCCGGGCGAAACGCAAGGUGGCAGAGGCCGGUCUCGAAGUGCCCGACAGCGACGAGGACGACGAGGAAUACGGGUGGGUUCAGGAUGACGACGCGGCACUUCCCGGCCCGCCACCGCAAUGGCAAGGCAGCGAAGACCUGCUCCUGGGGACGCAGGCGGCCGAGAGCGAGGAGGACGGCGGCGACGACGACGACGACGACGAGGAAGAAGUGGAGGAGGCAGCGGUCAGCGGCCGAGAUAACGACGAAUUGGCCGAGUAGAAUAUGGUAGAGCGGAGGCAGGGCCAAGUGGAAUAAUUCCGGGCCAAAGGCCGGAGCUUGGCCGACAGA